CAAGAAUAGUCGUAUCGAGGCGGUAGUCGAGCAUCACCUCUCUCUUCUCCUCCGCCCGCUUGUGCCGGCACGAGCGCGCUUCGGAAUCCACGGGCACACGCGCAACUCAUCGACUGGGUUGCGCGUCCGCGCGCGGCGCCGACCCUCUCUUCCUCCCUCUCUCUCUCUCUCUCUUUUUCUCUCUCUCUCACUCUCUCUUUCCGUCUCGCGCGCGCUCGGUCUCUCCGGUUCUCCGUUCGUCUCCGCGGCUUCUCCUCCACCUUCGCCUCCUCCGUUUCCUCGCUCCUCCCUCGGUGACCGCGACGGUUCGCGAUCCUUCUCGGUCUCGUGGUCGCGUCGGCUCGAUAUCGCGAUACGAUUUCGUGCACGGCUCCUCUCCCUCCGUUCCCGACUCCCACCCGAACAGCGGAGUGACCUACCCCGUGGCGCGCACCCUCUCCACCCUGCGUGGCUCGUGGCACCGCGCAUCCGGCCAGCGUCGAUAUACCACGGUGCCCACGGACGGAACGACGCGCGGGGAUACGCGACUGAUCUACCGCGUGCGCGCGAUCGCGAUCUACGAUCUCGAUCCCGAUCUUACGAGACGUUCGACCCGAGACGUUCGACCCGAGACGUUCGACCCGGUCACCCGGAACGGGCAGAGAGGGCCUCACGGCAGUGUCGCGUGUCUUCCGGGAUACGACGCGUGAAACGGUGUCGAGUGCGCGGAAACGGGAAUACCUCGCGCGGUAUCGGUACUCGCGAUAACGAGUGAAGAAGAUCCCGCGAGACGAACACGGUGAACGUUCGCGCGGCUACCACGAACCGCCGGCGAUAGAAUGUCGUCGCGUCGCGAACUCUGCUCGAGUGCCCGCGAGUGAGUGAGAGUGCGCGAGUUCGGACUCGGAUACGUCGAAUACAUCGACGAUCGUCGUCGUCGUCGUCAUCGUCAUCGUCGUCGUCGUCGUCGUCGACGUCAGUGCGAACACGUUCGAAGGGUGUGGAAAGUGUCGAGAGAAGACGGUGAGCAAAGAGACGAGCGGCUCGGUCGCCGGGGUGGUCGGCGGUGGUCGCGGUCGAGAAUCGGAAACCGGCAGGGUGGUUCGAGGAGGGACGGGAGGCGCUGACGCCCUGGCGACUGCCGGGGUGGUUUACCCGGCCGCGACAGCGACGUUGUUCCCUGGCCGGGUGUCAGCUGGACACCACCACUCCGAGUUCACCACCACGUUGGAGGUGGGGUUCCCGGCGCGCGGCACCACCGCCUCCAUGGCGUUGGUAGCCGCGCCGCCCUCGUGGCCCACGCGGGACCCCGGGGCCAGCCUGGCCGCGACCGGUGCGGCCGCCGCUGCGGCUGCAGCAGCCGCCGGAGCCGCGGCAGCGGCAGCCGGCCCGGGCCCGAUACAGAUAGCGCCGCCGCCCCCGAUGCCACCUACCCACCUGACCCCGUCCGCGACGCCGGAAGACAUCACCUGCCUCGUGCCCGUCGGCGCGGUUCUCACGCCCAGGGACCCGGUGCCGCCUAGCACCACCCCCGGGAGCCAGGCGAACAGCUCCCAAUCCGGCAGCUCGCAGACGGACAAAUCUCCGAACAUCGAGUGCGUCGUUUGCGGGGACAAGAGCAGCGGGAAGCACUACGGCCAAUUCACCUGCGAAGGAUGCAAAAGCUUCUUCAAGAGGAGCGUGCGGAGGAACCUGACCUACUCGUGUCGAGGGAACAGGAACUGUCCGAUCGACCAACACCAUAGGAAUCAGUGCCAGUUUUGUCGGUUGAAAAAGUGCCUGAAGAUGGGCAUGCGCCGGGAAGUCCGUUUGUCUGUUGCAGCGGUGCAAAGGGGCCGGGUGCCGCCGUCGCAGCCGUCGCUGCCGGGCCUCCCGGGCCAGUUCGCCCUGACGAACGGCGACGCGGUCGCGUGCGCCGGCCUCAACGGCCACUCGUACCUCUCCUCGUACAUAAGCCUGCUCCUGAGGGCGGAACCGUACCCGACCUCGCGGUACGGCCAGUGUAUGCAACCGAACAACAUCAUGGGAAUCGACAACAUCUGCGAGCUGGCGGCCAGGCUGCUGUUCUCGGCGGUCGAAUGGGCCAGGAACAUACCGUUCUUCCCGGACCUUCAGGUGACGGACCAGGUAGCCCUGCUGAGGCUAGUUUGGAGCGAGCUGUUCGUGCUGAACGCGAGCCAGUGCUCGAUGCCCCUCCACGUGGCGCCGUUACUGGCCGCGGCGGGACUCCACGCGUCGCCGAUGGCCGCGGAUCGCGUCGUCGCCUUCAUGGACCACAUCAGGAUCUUCCAGGAACAGGUGGAGAAGCUGAAAGCUCUGCACGUCGACUCCGCGGAGUACAGCUGCCUCAAAGCCAUCGUCCUCUUCACCACCGACGCCUGCGGACUAUCGGACGUGGCGCACAUCGAGUCCCUGCAAGAGAAGUCGCAGUGCGCGUUGGAGGAAUACUGCAGGACUCAGUACCCGAACCAGCCGACAAGAUUCGGUAAGCUGCUGCUGCGGUUGCCGUCGCUGCGGACGGUGUCGUCGCAGGUGAUCGAGCAGCUGUUCUUCGUGCGGCUAGUCGGGAAGACGCCGAUCGAGACGUUGAUCAGGGACAUGCUGCUCAGCGGUAGCAGCUUCAACUGGCCGUACAUGUCCACGAUGUGACAUUCUGUCUGGCGACAGCUAGCUUCCGCGUAAUAUCGCCUCGUCCCGCUCCUUCCGUCGAGCCGAAACGCGGGACAGCGCGCACUUUGCAUUUUCACGGACGGACGUUGAACCCCUCGGAGGGAGGAACGCCGUUCGGAAGCGGAACCAGUCUUCGAGGAUCGCUGGCGUGCUGCAGAAGCUGCUUGCGUCGGACCAGCGGCGACGUCGCGACUCGAGGGAAGAACCGAGGCGCGGACGAGCUCGAAGAAGGACGGCGGACACCGUCGAACCGAGGAGUCAUCAAGGAAGAUCGUCUGCGGAAGAUGAAGAAAUUUCGAACGCACGCGUAUACGCCAAACGCGCACGAUGGGUAUCGUCGUGUAGGUUCGACGAGGGAAUUUCCACCCGGACCGUUCAGGUGCAGCGGAAGAUCUUCGGGAAGACGCGAAGGACGCUUCGGUAGAAUUUUUUUUACGGCGACGCGCGCGCCAAGUGCGGACGAGUAUUCUUGCUUGGGGUCUCGACCGUUUCGACGGGAAAAUUCGAGAGAUGAGCGAGCAAAGAGAGAAACGAGGUGUGUCAGCGGUGAACGUGGCAGCGAAGAAAUCGUGAAUUAGCAUUUGUAAUCGGCAGCGGGGGAUCCGGUGGAUCCUCCGAAUAUCUCUCAUCGAUCUUCGCGUCGAGUAAUCGCCGCCGUUAGUCGAGUCACGCCGAAAGCCCGAGAGUCGUUCGUAGGCCGCGGAUUUUUCUGCGAGACGAAACGUUCGAUCCGAAUUUAAAUUUUUUUUAUCGAAGUAGCGAUGCUUUGGUCGAUCUACAGAAUUUUACGCGUCCCUUACGGCACGUACGAUUUCUCUGUGUGAAUGCAUCGAAUCCGCAGUUUCGACGUUCCGUUGCUCCCUGCUUUGUUCGUUCACCGUUCUUUCGUGAAAUCCCGGAAUAUGUGAAUGAAUCGCGUUCGAUCGUGAAUCAAGGUCUGCGUAUUCGCAGGCGUUUAGAAGAAAAUUAUACAAACGGAGAGACGUUGUUGGCACUUGUAGUUUAUUCCGCAUGAAAGUCGGCGGUCACAAACGUAUUAGAAUGGACGAAUCGUUGAUCGAGUCGAGGAGGUGGGAACGGAGUCGAUUCCGCGUAUGGGCGAACGAAUAUAUUUUUCUUGGAAGAACGUUCGCCCGAUCGCGUGCUACUCCGGCCAACGAGAACGGACGCUACUGGCGCGAGGAGAACCUCGGCGGGCGCAAUGUGAUAUACACGCGAAGAACCGUAAUCGGAUUUUUGAAACACGGUGCUUUUUUACCCUAUAUAAAUACUGUACGAUAGCCAGAAACGGACGCAUUGUACUAUAGGAUUUUGCGCGCCACGGAUCUCGUGACGUCGAGCUAGUUACUUAGAAAACCACUUAGGGGUAUAUGGGAUAUUUCUAAUAUUUUUAAGAGUCGCGAAUUCGUUUGUCAAGUCCCGCAAGUGACGCAUACGCGUGAACACACACACACACACACACACACACACAUACAUACACACACGGCGACAAAUGAAGAUGAGAGAGCGAUGCGAUCACAGCCGAUCGAUAAUUGUACAACUUGUUUGAGAAAAGCGUUUCGAACAGAGUUCGUUGGAACUUUGAGACAAAACGAUUUUACCAUUACUGGCAACAAGUUUUCGGUGCGACGUAAUGGAAAUGAACCAAGACGCCCAGGAGCUUCGACAAACCGUUUUUCUAUUCACAGUUUUCAAUGCGAUGUCGAUUGAGGAACUCGUUGCCAAAUGGAAUCGACUCGUCGAAUGAAUCGGUGAUGGAAUUGUAUUAUAUCGAGGAUGAAUCGCGUUGUCUCUUUGAACGUGCGGAGAGAGAUGAAAACGGAACGACAUCCGCUGUAGCGUUAUGUAUAAAGGCGUGAGAUUUUUGUAUAAAAAGACAUGUACAUAAUUAAUAUAUAUAUACAUAUUAUAUAUAAAUAUAAAGAUACAGAUAUAAAUACGAACGUAAGUGCGAAUAUAACACGCGAAUAUACGUAUGAAUGUAAAGAAAUAUAUAUGUCAGAAUUACGGA